CCGUCAGCAGCACAGCUCAGAUAUGGGUGUCAGCUGCUUGCUGAGCAGAGCAGCAGGACAGGGGGUUGCUGCUGGGCUUUGGCCAGGAGACUCUGACGAGCCCAACACUUCGGAUCACACAUCCAACUCCUCAAAGUGUAGCUAUGUUUGACAACUCCAACUACCCCUUCAACUGUUUUAACUACGAUGGAGACGGAUACCCUUCCUCCAGCACGGACGAAGAGAAGAAAAUGUGUAGACCCGCUUACAGCUACAUAGCUCUGAUAGCCAUGGCCAUCCAGCAGAGUCCCGAGCAGCGGGUUACUCUGUCGGGCAUCUAUGAGUUCAUCAUGAAGAGAUUUCCUUACUACCGCUCCAACCAAAGAGCCUGGCAGAACUCCAUCAGACACAACCUGUCUCUCAACAGCUGCUUCAUCAAGGUUCCCAGGGCAGAGGGCAAUGAGAAGGGAAAAGGAAACUACUGGACUUAUGCCACCGGCUGUGAAUCCAUGCUCGACCUUUUUGAAAACGGCAAUUUUCGGCGUCGCCGGCGCAGGAGGAACAUGAAAAUCGGCUUACGUGAUUCAGGAGAAACCCCUUUCCACCCUUUGGAGAGCCACAGUAAUCAGCACGUACCCUCAGCUCGGCACCCGGAACCCGACUCCACCCUCUGCCCUUUGAACCCUGAGAGGCCGAGGCCCGGCCCCCGGCAAAACCACCUCAACCCUAACCCCACCCAGCAGGGCAAACCAGAGUCAGAGAUCAAGUUUAGCAUUGACUACAUCCUGUCCACUCCAGAUCCACCCCUGCCGGGGUUCAGAUCCUCCCACGGCCCCGUUCACAUAGGCCCCACAGGACCUCCCGUACAUGUCCUGGAGCCACAGCAUCUGAACCUGCACUUCUGGACUCUGUAAGAA